AUGGUCCUCUUGAAAGGACAACUUGAACCUACAGUGGUACAUCGUGCUCAGUUCAAGUCUCGGCCGAGCGUCAUCAGCAUCGAUAGAGGUGUGAUCGAAAUUACAACAGAGCCUUCCCCGCCUACCAGCCCCGAAUCCAGUUCCAACAGUGGGAAAUCGUCCAUUCCACGGCCCGGAGAAUCUACUGGAAAGACUUCUCUCGACUCAAAAUUCUCAUCAAAGUCCAAAGGUGUAUCACAACACUCUUCUGAGAACAAAAAGGUGGUGUCCAAGCAGGCAACUGGGGAAGGAGGUUCGAACGAAAACACCCUUGCACCAAUCGCUGAAGUAGAGUGUGUAGAAACGCCCGAGCCUGUUCCAACUGUGGUCACAAUUGAAAAGGCUGCUUCAGCUAAAGUGUUUUUCGAAUGCUAUUAUAACAGCCUCACAUCUGUUCAAUUGACCCCUCGCUCCUUGCGCCGUCGCCAGCUGGAAGGUGCCCUUUACCAAGAUUCAACCUUGCCUCAGACCGAGAAAGACGAAAGACGCCGAACUUGGGCGAAGGACGAAACGGAUCAUCUUCGAGAAACUCGUGUCAUGAAAGCACGAUCUGGUAAUAUAAUGAAGGGGAAAGAUAGCCUUGCGUCCAAGUACGAGGUCGUUAAAGUCCUGGGGAAGGGAAGCUUUGGUGUUGUCCGUCUGGUCAGAGAGAACAAUAGAUCUCCUCAAGAGCCCAAACUGAAGAAACAAAUCUACGCCAUGAAGGUCAUUCGUAAGUCUGACAUGCUCCGAAACAGUCAAGAAGGACAUCUUCGGGCCGAGCGUGACUUUCUCGUUUCUGCAGAGGGAUCUCGAUGGGUCGUCCCACUGAUUACAAGUUUCCAAGACUCAAAUAACCUUUACCUGAUCAUGGACUACAUGCCUGGUGGGGACUUCCUUGGUCUGCUGAUCCGCGAUAACAUACUCACGGAGCCUGUUACAAAGUGGUACAUUGCCGAAAUGAUUCUGUGCAUCGAAGAAGCCCACGCACUCCGCUGGAUCCAUCGAGAUGUUAAACCAGAUAACUUUCUCAUCUCUGCUUCAGGACAUUUGAAAAUUUCAGACUUUGGUCUUGCUUUCGAUGGACAUUGGUCUCACGACCAAGCUUAUUACAACAAUCACCGAUACUCGCUGCUCACGAAGCUAGGCAUCAACGUUGAAGGCGAUUCCAUUGACAAAAAAGAGGGCCGUAAUGUAGCUGCGGCUAUGAAGAUAGCCCAUGUGAUGAUGGGUGGAAAAGAGCGCCACGAGAUCAACACUUCAAACGGUUCCGACUGCGACUCAAUUUUGAAUUGGCGCAAUCGAUACGGCAACAGAACUCUUGCACGAUCGGUCGUGGGCACCAGCCAGUAUAUGGCACCGGAAGUGGUCAGAGGAGAAUUGUAUGAUGCUCGUAGCGAUUGGUGGAGUGUGGCGGUCAUUUUAUAUGAAUGUUUGUAUGGCCACACACCAUUCUUGGCUGAAGAAGGUGGAAGACAACAGACAAAGAUUAAUAUUCUCAAUCACAAGACGACCUUCAGCUUUCCCAAUAAACCAUUGGUCAGCAAGAGAUGCCAGGACCUCAUCCGAAGUAUCAUCCAGGAGAAAGAUCAUCGUCUUUGCUCCAAACGAUACAAAGUAAACAAUCACCCCUCCAGCACUCAUCAAAACCAAGACUAUGCCGGUCGCUAUGUUUAUCCGAACGAUGCCGAAGAUAUCAAGAGUCAUAAGUGGUUCCGAGAUGUGCAAUGGGACCGCUUGCAUACCAUGACACCGCCUUUCGUUCCGAACAUUAAAUCAAUGGAUGAUACGCAUUACUUCGACGAAGAAGAUCCUAUCUCCGACUUCUCUGAGUCCACCUCCGGACCUCCACCGACCGCGGAGGAGAUUGCUGAAGCGUUGAAACCAUUUCCCCAGGAGAUUCAAACUAUUGCCAAAGGCUUCAUUGAACGCCCCCACAAUUCCGUGAAGUUGAAGAAAGUUGAAAGAGAGAUUGACGCAUUUUCAAUGUGCGAGGAGCAAAAAGAAUACUUGAAAGGCUUCGUCAAACAUUAUGGACGCAAAGAAAAGAAGAGGCCUAGAGACCGAUUGCUGCGGGACAAGGACACCGCCCCGAAAGUCUUGGAGUUGAGAAAGAAAGGGGCUUUUCUCGGGUAUACAUAUCGAAGAUACCGGCCUCGCAGACAAAGUAUGAGCAGGUCUAGUUCCAGCAGACAGAGCAGUGUAGUAGUUGGAAGUGGAGCAGCCAAGCGGCCUGUCUGGCCUCGACCUAGAUUGAGCAUUCAUUAA